GGAGUGGAUAAAUGAGCAGAGAAAAUCAUAGGAAAAUGAAAGAAGGAGUGAGCCAUAAAGGAUUUAGAGGUUGGAAUGUGUAGUUUUACCUCUGAAUUCGAACCACCAAUUUCAACAAACUGAGGCUGGGAAAUUAUCGAAGCAAUACGGUAACUCUCAAUACCGUCUCUGUUGAGUAACACAUCACUCACACCAUCACGGCGACAUCUCACCACUGUUUUUCAGAUUUAUCAUCAUCAUGAACAGUUAUUACACCUUUUGGUAUUCUCCCCAAGGGUCUAAGCAAGAGGCUGACCAUUGGGCUUGGAAUUUGGACUGGGCUUCGAAGCUGCUGCAGAUAUUGGGUUUUCUCGUAGCACUGGCUUUGUCUUGGUUCGCUGUGUGCCUCUACAAAGCACGAAAGAAGUUUAUCGUCUUAAGAAGUAAAGGAAUUCCGAUACCGCGAUACUCGUAUAUCUUUGGUCAUCUCCCAGUAGUCUUAGAUUUCCAUCGAGAAUGGGCUAUGGACGCGAACCUUACACAAACUUUGGGACUAUACAUCGCAAAGAACUGGCAGAAGUUUUUUCCUGGGGAGCACCAUCGGCCACCCAUCAUUUACCUAGAUCUUUGGCCUAUUGCAGAGCCCUUGGCAAUUUCGAUUGACGUAUCUACCUCGAACCAAAUGGUCUUUGACAAGAUGAAUUUGCCAAAGUCACACAUGGAAGGCGACUUUCUUAUUCCGCUCACGAAAGGGAAGGAUUUCGGCAGUCUUAGCGGUGAUGAAUGGCGUUUUUGGCGAAGUACAUUCAACCCUACAUUUGGUGCAGCAAAUGUAGCUGCUCUAGUACCCGCUAUCUGUGAGGAAGUCGAAAUGUUCACUCGUGCACUCCAAGAUCGAUGUGGUGAUGGCGACACAUGGGGUCAAGUUUUCCCUUUCGAGAAUGUUUCUGCGGAAUUGAUUUUUGAUAUAACAGGCAGGGUUGUUAUUGGUAAACGACUAAACACUCAAUCAGCCAAUCCGGAACUGUUCAGCUCACUCUUUCGCGCACAACUUACUCGGAUGGAGAUCACCUUGAAUCCAGCGAAGGUUCUAUGGAGGUUAACUCCAAUGUCAAAACGAUACCUAACCAAAAAGAGAGAUGAAAUGCUUGAGUGGUUGCGCCCGUUCAUACUGGAAAGCUUCCAACGUGCCAGCAGCAGUGAGUCGGAAACUAUCGUUGAAGCAGCAGCCAAAGAGCACCGGGAGAAAGUAUGGAUUGACAAGGUUCAAGCUUCUUGCGAUGAAUCUUUCAUCGAUGCGGUGUUCUGUCAAUUAAUGAUAUGCUUCUUCGCCAGUGAUGACGCCCCAACUUCGACAAUCCCCUGGCUUUUUGAGUAUCUUCAUCGCAACCCUGAAAGCCUGAUAAAACUCCGCGCCGAGCAUGAUUCGGUACUCGGGACUAAUCCCGAAGCAGCCGCGAAAACCAUACGUGAAGAGCCGGAACUUCUGAACCAACUACCGUAUACAACAGCAGUUAUCAAAGAAACGAUUCGCCUCAGCCCUGCUACUACAACUAUCCGAGAAGGACACCAAAACUUUAAUUUUCACAUCACAGGGUUUGAUAAUAAGUGGCCUGAAUAUUGGCCCUCCGCAGGGUUUGACCUACUCGAUAGUCCUCGUACUAUACACACCGAUCCGAAUAUCUUCCUUAAGCCGCAUGAGUUUAUCCCCGAGAGAUAUCUGGUGGCGGACACAGACCCAUUAUACCCCCCACCGAAUGCAUGGCGGGGAUUCCAACUUGGUCAGAGACGAUGUAUUGGUCAAGUAUUGGCUUAUGCAGAGCUCAAGUUAGUACUUGUACUUACAGCUCGUAGAUUUGAUAUUGAGCCAGCGUGGGAAGAUUGGGAUCUGAUGCUUUCGCAACAAGGCAAGAAAGUAAAACCUCAUUUAGUUGAAGGUGAGAGAUUGUACAUUACAGGGAACGCAACAUCACAUUCUAAAGAUGGUGCACCUGUUCAUGUAAGAGCGAGGAAAUUUUCUGCAUCAGAAGAGUCGCUAUUUGAAAAUCAAGCAGUGGUCAGGUAACAGAGAAAUGGGAAGUGGUUGGUGCAGUCUUGCGGAAAUAGUAAUAACAAAACAAUUUGAAUAUUCUCGACCAUGCAGCUCCUUCAAGAUCUGGAAAAUAUGAAAUGAAUGAACUA